CGCUGCCUUCCUAUCAAUCCGUCCAUCCGAUCAUCUAUCUGCGGGGACAUUGCAUUUAUCAAUACCCGCAUCAACAAACACGACCCUCAUCACCUUCCUUACGCAUUUUCCCCCUUCGAUUCCCGUUCGCCGUCCAUCAUGAGCGGCGCCAACGACCCCGAGCGGGACCAGGCACUCGAUGAUUAUAAAAGGAGCUUGUUGGAGCUACGAGAAUGGGAAGCGAAGCUCAAAUCACUGCGGAUGGGCAUCAAGGAUCUCCAACGAGAGUUUGAUGUCUCCGAGGAGAACAUCAAGGCGCUACAGAGUGUUGGUCAGAUCAUCGGCGAGGUGUUGAAACAGCUCGAUGAAGAGCGAUUUAUUGUCAAGGCCUCCUCGGGCCCUCGUUACGUUGUCGGCUGCCGUUCAAAGGUCGACAAGGCCAAGAUGAAGCAGGGCACCCGUGUAGCCCUGGAUAUGACGACGCUUACCAUUAUGCGAAUGCUGCCGCGCGAGGUCGAUCCUCUGGUCUACAACAUGUCUUUGGAGGAUCCAGGGUCAAUCAACUUUGCUGGAAUUGGUGGUUUGAAUGACCAGAUCCGAGAGCUGCGAGAGGAAUCAAGCCCCCCCAAGGGUGUCCUUCUCUACGGUCCUCCGGGUACCGGUAAAACACUGCUUGCUCGAGCCGUGGCUAGCUCCAUAGAAACCAACUUCCUGAAAGUUGUUUCAUCCGCGAUUGUCGACAAGUACAUUGGUGAAUCCGCACGUCUGAUCCGAGAAAUGUUCGGCUACGCCAAGGAACACGAACCCUGUAUUAUCUUCAUGGACGAAAUCGAUGCUAUCGGAGGUCGACGUUUCUCCGAAGGUACAUCAGCAGAUCGUGAAAUUCAGCGAACACUGAUGGAACUGCUCAACCAGCUGGAUGGUUUCGACUACCUCGGUAAAACAAAGAUCAUCAUGGCCACCAACCGACCCGAUACCCUGGACCCGGCUCUACUGCGUGCCGGUCGUCUGGACCGCAAGAUUGAGAUUCCUCUGCCUAACGAGGUUGGCCGUCUGGAGAUUUUGAAGAUUCACACAAGCUCGGUCGUCAUAGAGGGUGAUAUCGAUUUUGAGAGCGUGGUUAAGAUGAGUGAUGGACUGAAUGGUGCUGAUCUGCGUAACGUGGUGACUGAAGCGGGUCUAUUCACCAUCAAGGAUUACCGUGAUGCCGUUAACCAGGACGACUUCAACAAGGCGGUGCGGAAGGUUGCUGAGUCGAAGAAGCUCGAGGGCAAGCUUGAAUACCAGAAGCUGUAA